AUGGCGACUUUCUCUGGUUUAAACCUUCUCUUCUUCUCCUUCUUCAUAGCUUCAGGAGCAAUCUCCGUCGUGUCCGGCACCGUCUUCACGAUAAGGAACAACUGCAGAUUCACCGUCUGGCCGGGAAUUCUCACCGGACAAGGUGCACAACUCAGCGACGGUGGAUUCACCUUAUCACCAGGAGCUUCCGUCGCCAUAACCGCACCUGCGGGUUGGUCCGGCCGAAUAUGGGGACGAACCGGCUGCAACUUUGAUGGCUCCGGCUCCGGAUCAUGCCAAACCGGAGACUGCGGAAACAAACUAAAAUGCAACGGCGCCGGAGGGAAACCACCGGCAACACUCGCCGAGUUCACGAUCGGAACCGGCGGGGCUAAGGAUUUUUACGACGUGAGCCUCGUGGACGGUUACAACGUCAAGAUGGGAAUCACAACGCAAGGCGGUUCGGGCGAUUGUCAAAACGUUGGAUGCGUUUCCGACUUGAACGCGAUUUGUCCCAACGAUUUACGCGUUUCGAACGCGGGCAAUGUUGUGGCGUGUAAGAGUGCUUGCGAGGCGUUUGGUAAACCGGAGUAUUGUUGUACCGGUUCGUUCAGUACACCGCAGACUUGUCCGCCUACGAAUUACUCGAGGAUAUUUAAAGGAGCUUGUCCUAAAGCGUAUAGUUACGCGUACGACGAUGCUUCGAGCACUUUUACUUGUGCUAAUGCUAAUUACGCUAUUGUGUUUUGUCCCUAA